AAAGGAGGGGGUGGAGAAGCGGGAGCGAAGGAGGCAAACGGCGAAGUGGAGGAAGGCUGGGUAGCUCGGCCUCUCCAAACUGAUUGAUUAGUCAUGAUCCCCGCAGUUUGAACAGGGACUCAUUCAAUUGGGAAGGUGGAGCGCUCGGGAGCAGAUUAGCAUACGCUUGUUUACUCAUCUUCUGAGGGCUUUUUUCCCCCCUCUUUCCUUUCAUUUUGUGAAGAAGGAGGGAGGGGAGGGGGGACUGAGGUGGGGGGAGAAGGGGGCUGUGGCUUGUGUUAUAAAGGACGCAAAAAAUAAAUAAAUUAGAGCAUCUUUUGGGGGGAGGGAAUUCAGCGGAUCAGUGUCUUAGAGGAGCUUUUUUUUAUUAUUAUUUUUUUGAAGAGCGAGAAAUCAUAUAAAAUAAAAUGAAAUAAAACAAGGAGGAAGGCAACCAGCUGUUAGAGGGGAAAAAAUAAGGCAGAUAAAGGAGCGGGGAGAGAAAUUAAUUGCCAACCAGGAGGAGUUGGGCUGUAUUUUUCAAAGGUGGGGGGAGUGGAGCACACACCUUGAGGAGGGAAGCGAGAAAGAAAAGAAAAAAGCAAGUGGAAGGGGGGGCUCGCCCAAGAAGGGUGAAGAAGCGAAGAAAGUCGAGGCGCCGAGGCUCCCAAAGCUGGCAGCUCCGGGCGGCGGUGUAGGGGCGAAGGGGGGGGGGGGGGGACCGUCGGACAUGCGGCUCUGGAGUUGGGUGCUGCGCCUGGGGCUGCUGAGCGCCGCGCUGGGCUGCGGGCUGGCCGAGCGCCCCCGCCGGGCCCGGAGAGACCCGCGGGCCGGCCGCCCCCCGCGCCCCGCCGCCGGCCCGGCCACCUGCGCCACCCGGGCGGCCCGGGGCCGCCGCGCCUCGCCUCCGCCGCCGCCGCCGCCGCCGCCGCCGGGCGGUGCCUGGGAAGCCGUGCGCGUCCCCCGGCGGCGGCAGCAGCGGGAGGCGAGGGGCGCCGCCGAGGAGCCGAGCCCGCCGAGCCGGGCGCUCUAUUUCAGCGGGCGAGGCGAGCAGCUGCGCCUCCGGGCCGACCUCGAGCUGCCCCGGGACGCGUUCACGCUGCAAGUGUGGCUGCGAGCGGAGGGGGGCCAGAGGUCUCCGGCGGUGAUCACAGGGCUGUACGACAAAUGUUCUUAUACCUCACGUGACCGAGGAUGGGUCGUGGGAAUUCACACCGUCAGUGACCAAGGCAACAGAGACCCACGCUACUUUUUCUCCCUGAAGACAGACCGAGCCCGGCAAGUAACCACCAUCAAUGCCCACCGCAGCUACCUCCCAGGCCAGUGGGUGCACCUAGCCGCCACCUAUGACGGGCGGCUGAUGAAACUCUAUGUGAACGGUGCCCAGGUGGCCACCUCGGGGGAGCAGGUGGGUGGCAUCUUCAGCCCGUUGACCCAGAAGUGUAAAGUGCUCAUGUUGGGGGGCAGUGCUCUGAAUCACAACUACCGGGGCUACAUCGAGCGCUUCAGUCUGUGGAAGGUGGCCCGGACUCAGCGGGAGGUACUGCUCGACAUGGAAACCCAUGGCCUCCACGCGCCUCUACCUCAGCUCCUCCUCCAGGAGAACUGGGACAACGUGAAGCACACCUGGUCCCCCAUGAAGGAUGGUAACAUCCCCCAAGUGGAACUCAGCGGUGCCCACGGCUUCCUGCUGGACACAAGUCUGGAGCCUCCCUUGUGUGGGCAGACAUUGUGUGACAACACAGAGGUCAUUGCCAGCUACAACCAGCUCCCGCGGUUCCGCCGACCCAAGGUGGUGCGCUACCGCGUGGUCAACCUCCAUGACGACAACCAUGAGAACCCCACUGUGAGCCGUCAGCAGAUCGACUUCCAGCACCGGCAGCUGGCCGAGGCCUUCAGACACUACAACAUCUCCUGGGAUCUGGAGGUGCUCGAGGUGAGCAACUCCUCCCUGCGCCACCGCCUCGUCCUGGCCAACUGCGACAUCAGCAAGAUUGGGGAUGAGAGCUGCGACCUCGAGUGCAACCACACGCUGACCGGCCACGACGGCGGGGACUGCCGCCACCUGCGCCACCCUGCCUUUGUGAAGAAGCAGCACAACGGGGUGUGCGACAUGGACUGUAAUUAUGAACGGUUCAACUUUGAUGGCGGAGAGUGCUGCGACCCCGAAAUCACGGAUGUCACCAAGACUUGCUUCGACCCCGACUCUCCACACAGAGCAUACUUGGAUGUUAAUGAACUGAAGAACAUUCUUAGACUGGAUGGAUCAACACACCUUAAUAUCUUCUUUGCAAACUCCUCGGAGGAGGAAUUGGCAGGAGUAGCAACUUGGCCAUGGGACAAGGAGGCCCUAAUGCACUUAGGUGGCAUUGUCUUGAAUCCAUCUUUCUACGGCAUUCCUGGGCACACCCACACCAUGAUCCAUGAGAUCGGGCACAGCCUGGGCCUCUACCACAUCUUUCGAGGCAUCUCAGAGAUUCAGUCUUGUAGUGAUCCCUGCAUGGAGACGGAGCCCUCCUUUGAGACGGGAGACCUCUGCAGCGAUACCAAUCCAGCCCCAAAACACAAGUUCUGUGGUGAUCCGGGACCAGGGAAUGACACCUGUGGCUUCCAUAGCUUCUUCAACACCCCUUACAACAACUUCAUGAGCUACGCAGAUGACGACUGCACAGACUCCUUCACGCCCAAUCAAGUCGCCAGAAUGCACUGUUACCUGGACCUGGUCUACCAGAGCUGGCAGCCCUCCAGGAAGCCGGCGCCCGUCGCCCUGGCCCCCCAGAUCGUGGGCCACACGAGCGACUCUGUGACACUGGAGUGGUUUCCACCCAUCGAUGGCCACUUCUUUGAAAGAGAAUUGGGAUCAGCAUGUGACCUUUGCCUGGAAGGGAGAAUCCUGGUGCAAUAUGCCGUCAACGCCUCCUCCCCGAUGCCCUGUGGCCCAUCAGGACACUGGAGUCCUCGAGAAGCAGAAGGUCAUCCAGAUGUUGAACAGCCCUGUAAGUCCAGUGUCCGCACCUGGAGUCCAAAUUCAGCUGUCAACCCACACACAGUCCCUCCAGCCUGCCCUGAGCCACAAGGCUGCUACCUUGAACUGGAAUUCCGCUACCCCUUGGUCCCUGAGUCUUUAACCGUCUGGGUGACCUUUGUCUCCACUGAUUGGGACUCUAGUGGGGCUGUCAAUGACAUCAAACUGUUAACUGUCAGUGGGAAGAACAUCUCUCUGGGCCCUCAGAACGUCUUCUGCGAUGUCCCACUGACCAUCAAACUCCGGGAUGUGGGUGAGGAGGUGUACGGCAUCCAGAUCUACACAUUGGAUGAGCACCUAGAGAUUGAUGCGGCCAUGUUGACCUCCAUUGCAGACAGCCCUCUCUGUCUAGAGUGUAAGCCUCUGCAGUACAAGGUGGUCCGGGACCCUCCUCUCCACGUGGACGUGGCCUCCCUCCUAUACCUCAAUAGAAGAUUCACGGACACGGAUCUCAGUCUUGGCAGUGUGUACCAGUACUGGGUCAUCACUGUUUCCGGAAGUGAAGGGAGUGAGCCAUCGCCAGCUGCCAUCUACAUCCAUGGAAGUGGAUACUGUGGUGAUGGCAUUAUCCAGAAAAGCCAAGGUGAGGAGUGUGAUGACAUGAACAAGCUCAGCGGUGACGGCUGCUCCCUCUUCUGCCGACAGGAAGACUCCUUCAAUUGCAUUGAUGAACCCAGCCGGUGCUAUUUCCAUGAUGGUGAUGGUGUGUGUGAGGAGUUUGAACAAAAAACUAGCAUCAAGGACUGUGGGGUCUACACACCCCAGGGGUUCCUGGAUCAGUGGGCAUCCAAUGCUUCAGUUUCGCAUCAGGACCAGCAGUGUCCAGGCUGGGUCAUCAUUGGUCAGCCGGCAGCCUCCCAGGUGUGUCGAACCAAGGUGAUAGAUCUCAGUGAAGGCAUUUCCCAGCAUGCCUGGUACCCUUGUACCUUCAGCUACCCGUACUCCCAGAUGGCUCAGACCACUUUCUGGCUCCGGGCAUACUUUUCUCAGCCAAUGGUUGCCGCAGCUGUCAUCGUCCACCUGGUGACGGAUGGCACCUAUUAUGGGGACCAGAAACAGGAGACCAUCAGCGUCCAGCUGUUUGAUACCAAAGAUCAGAGCCAUGAUCUCGGCCUCCAUGUCCUGAGCUGCAGGAACAAUCCCCUGAUUAUCCCUGUGGUACAUGACCUCAGCCGGCCCUUCUACCACAGCCGGGCGGUUCGUGUGAGCUUCAGUUCACCCCUGGUCGCCAUCUCGGGGGUGGCCCUCCGCUCCUUCGACAACUUUGACCCCGUCACCCUGAGCAGCUGCCAGAGAGGGGAGACCUACAGCUCUGCUGAGCAGAGCUGUGUGCACUUCGCAUGUGAGGCUGCCGACUGCCCGGAGCUGGCCGUGGAGAACGCGUCUCUUAACUGCUCCAGCAGUGACCGCUACCACGGCGCCCGCUGCACCGUGAGCUGCCGGACGGGCUACGUGCUCCAGAUACAGCGGGACGACGAGCUCAUUAAGAGCCAGGUGGGACCCAGCGUCACGGUGACCUGCAGUGAGGGCAAGUGGAACAAACAGGUGGCUUGCGAGCCCGUGGACUGCGGCGUCCCGGACCAGCAUCACGUCCACGCUGCGUCCUUCUCCUGCCUUCAAGGCACCACCUUUGGCAGCAAAUGCUCCUUCCAGUGCCGUCACCCUGCGCAGCUGAAAGGCAACAACAGCCUCCUGACCUGUAUGGAGGACGGCCUGUGGUCCUUCCCGGAAGCCCUGUGUGAGCUCAUGUGCCUAGCUCCGCCCCCGGUGCCCAACGCCGACCUCCAGACGGCCCGGUGCCGCGAGAACAAGCACAAGGUGGGCUCUUUCUGCAAGUACAAGUGCAAACCUGGAUAUCACGUGCCUGGCUCCUCUCGGAAGUCAAAGAAACGGGCCUUCAAGACUCAGUGUACCCAAGAUGGCAGCUGGCAGGAGGGAGCUUGUGUUCCUGUGACCUGUGACCCACCUCCGCCAAAAUUCCAUGGGCUCUACCAGUGCACCAAUGGCUUCCAGUUCAACAGCGAGUGUCGAAUCAAGUGCGAAGACGGUGAUGCUGCCCAGGGACACGGGAGCAAUAUCAUCCACUGCCGGAAAGAUGGCACCUGGAGUGGCUCCUUCCACAUCUGCCAGGAGAUGCAAGGCCAGUGCUCGGCCCCGGACCAGCUCAACGGCAACCUCAAACUGCAGUGCCCGGAAGGCUAUGCCAUAGGGUCGGAGUGUGUCACCUCGUGCCUGGACCACAACAGCGAGUCCAUCAUCCUGCCAGUGAACGUGACCGUACGGGACAUCCCGCACUGGCUGAACCCCACACGGGUAGAGAGAGUUGUCUGCACAGCUGGUCUCAAGUGGUAUCCUCACCCCGCCCUGAUUCACUGCGUCAAAGGCUGUGAGCCCUUCAUGGGAGACAAUUACUGUGAUGCCAUCAACAACCGAGCCUUCUGCAACUACGAUGGUGGGGACUGCUGUGCCUCUACGGUGAAGACCAAGAAGGUCACCCCCUUCCCUAUGUCCUGUGACCUACAAGGUGACUGUGCUUGUCGGGACCCCCAGGCCCAAGAACACAGCCGGAAAGACCUCCGGGGGUACAGCCAUGGCUAAGGAAGGACAAGGAGUUGACAAAGAAUUCCCAGCGCCAGGACCCGCAUCCCUUUGGUAUUGAUUUCACAGUCAGCUGCUCAACGGAAUGGCCUCCCCACACCAGGGAUCCUUAGCACCCAACCGGUCUGCCUUUAAUUUCACCCAGGAAGGACUCAUAGUAGGGGCGCAUGAACCAAGUCUCACCAUGUUGGAUGAUGAAAUGGAAUCCCAUCCCAAAGUCUUAGAAGGAUUGCAUAUACAAGUGUGCAGUCCCAGA